CAAACGGCAUGCGCCGUCUCAGCUCACCGCGACUUGAAAUCGAGUGCGUCGCAUGCGUUGUAGCAUAAAGAGUUUCAUCUCCCCCGCUUCCCGCUUCUUAUAAGCCUGCCGCUAUCACUCACUGCACUUUACCGCAACAAACUUUUACCACUACUACACCCACGAACCUUUUAAACCACAACACAUUUACAAAAACUCGCAACAGAAAAUAUGAAUUCCAACAACGGCCAAGCUGGUGGACAGAAGGAUUACCUUGACAAGGGCCUCGAGGCUGCGCAGAAGAAGUUCGGCGGCGCCCAGGGCCAGAAGAUGUCGCAGAACCGUGGCAUGAAUGAGAAAAUCACCGACGGCGCGCGCAAACUUUUCGAGAAGUUCACGGGCAAGAAGGUGAACUCAAAGUUCUCCAAUUAAGUUCAGUCCUAGCCUGGCCCACGAGGAAGAUACACGCGCGAAUGGUAGGGGUUAAUGAGGAUGGCGUAAGACUGCUCAGCUUGACUGGACGGACGCAGGGUAUGGAUAUUUCUCUCAUCGGAGGGAAGGACAAGGCCGGAGAGACCUUUCAGCCUGUGGGAAUUCGUUUCUAACAUUCUAUCAUGCGGUCAGGUCUGGCUGAGGAGAUGGAGGCGUGAAUCUUUGAACGGUGGGAAAGGUGGAUGGAAAGGAAGCAGAGGGUUUAUGUAGAUGCUUUUUGAAAUGAUACCCCCCCAACGACUACGAGG